CUUUUUCUUUCUUCUUUCUUCACCAUGACAUUGCGUUCUGCUGUAUUUGUGGCAGUGUGCAUUUUCGCUGCCCUUGCAACGUGCUCGCUCGCGCUGCCUGCGAGGAGCGCCCCCAAGUACAACACCUCCGGCGGCCCGAUGGCUGGCAAGCUCAACGUGCACUUGGUCGCACACACUCACGACGACGUCGGCUGGCUCAAAAACCCCGACCAAUACUACGCCGGCUUGAACAACUCAAUCCAGGACGCCAAGGUCCAGUUUGUGCUCGACACGGUCAUGCAAGAGCUCGAGCUCAACCCGGAUCGCAAGUUCAUCUACGUCGAAAUCUACUUUUUCUCGCGCUGGUGGCAGGAGCAGGACGAGGACACGCAGAAGCGCGUCAAGGAGUACGUCCAGCAGGGCCGCCUCGAGUUUAUCAACGGAGGCAUUGUCAUGUCGGACGAGGCCGCCACCCACUACGUUGCCACCAUCGAUCAGAUGACGCUCGGCCAUCGCUUCUUGCUCAACACGUUCGGCGUCAAGCCGCGCAUUGGCUGGCACAUUGACCCGUUCGGCCACUCGAACGAGUUUGCCUCGCUGUUUGCCCAGAUGAGCUUUGACGGCUUCUUCUUUGGCCGCAUCGACUACCAGGACAAGGACCGCCGCCUCAAGGACAAGGACAUGGAGAUGAUUUGGCGCGGCAGCUCGUCGCUUGGUGCCGCCUCGGAGAUCUUUGCCGGCGUCAACUACAACGGCUACAACCCUCCGGAUGGGUUUUGCUUUGACCAGUACUGCGGCGACGAUUCCAUCCAGGACGACUUCCGCCUCGAGGACGUCAACGUUGAGGAGCGCGUGAACGACUUUGUUGCCGCCUGCCUCGACCAGGCCCAGCACUACCGCACCAACAACAUCCAGCUCACCAUGGGCUCGGAUUUCCAGUACUCGAACGCUCGCCUGUGGUUCAAGAACCUUGACAAGCUCAUCCACUACGUGAACGCCGAUGGCCGCGUCAACGUCUUCUACUCGACCCCGUCCAUCUACCUCGACUCGCUCCAUGCCGCCAACCUGACCUGGUCGUACAAGACGGACGACUUUUUCCCGUACGCCGACGGCCCGCACGCCUACUGGACUGGCUACUUUACCUCGCGCAUCGCGCUCAAGGGCUUUGAGCGCACGUCGUCCGCCUUCCUCCAGUCGUGCAAGCAGCUCGAGGCCGUCCGUGGCCACUCCAACCUCGCCAACUCUGAGCAGCUCAACCUGGCCGUGGCCGUCCUGCAGCACCACGACGGUGUCUCUGGCACCUCCAAGCAGCACGUUGCCUACGACUAUGCUCGCCGCGUCUCGGAAGGUCUGUCCGAGUGCGAGACUGUCAUCAACCGUGCUCUCGGCGACUUGACGUUUGUCUCUGGCCCCAGCGUGACCGAGUUUGUCCAGUGCCCGCUGCUCAACGUGAGCAUUUGCGCAAUGAGCGAGACCAGCGCCAACUUUACCCUGGUUGUCUACAACCCCGUUGGCUUUGCUCGUGCCCACCUUCCUCGCUUCCCCGUCCCGUUCGGCUCGUAUGCUGUCUAUGACGAGAAGGGCCUUGUGAUUCCCUCGCAGGUCGUGAGCAUGCCUUUCGAGACCCAGCGCCUUCGCGCCGAGAUUCUCGGCGAGGAAGCUGCCGCUGCCGCCAACUACCUCCUUGUCUUUGCCGUCCCCACCACCGGCUUUGGCUUUGCCACCUACUUUGUCAACCGCACUUCCGGCCCCAACGGCGAGGAUGUCGCUCUCGAGACUGCCGCUGUCGAGAAGAUUCGCAGCGCUGAGGAGUUUAUCGACACUGGUGCCGAGAGCUUUGCGCCCAAGGCUGACGUGACCAUGGAGAACCAGAACGUUAUCGUCACCUUUGACGGAAACACUGGUCGCCUCAAGUCCCUCACCAACAAGAUUAGCCAAAUCUCCUCUGCCGUCACCCAAGACUUUUUCUACUACAACUCGUCCUGGGGCACCUCCGACGACGAGCAGGCGUCUGGCGCGUACAUUUUCCGUCCCAACCGCACUGCCGUCUUCCCCGUCAAUGCCGCCCCUAUUGGCGUGACUGUCGUUCGCGGCAGCGUCUUCCAGGAGGUCCGCCAGGUCUUCUCGAACUGGGUCACCCAGAUUGUCCGCCUGUACGAUGGCGACAACGACGUCGAGUUUGAGUACACCAUCGGCCCCAUUCCCUACGACAUUCCGGAAGGCAAGGAGGUCAUUACUCGCUUCUCGAGCGAUCUGGCUUCUGGCGGCACGUUCUACACUGACGCCAACGGCCGCGAGAUGCAGCGCCGUGACCUCAACUACCGCCCCACUUGGAAGCUCAACGUCACCGAGCCGGUUGCCGGAAACUACUACCCCGUCAACUCGCGCAUCCACACGAUCGACAAGACCAACAACCGUCAGCUCUCCAUCCUGACCGACCGCUCGAUGGGCGGCUCUUCCCUCGCCGACGGCCAGCUCGAGCUCAUGGUCCACCGUCGCCUCUUCUACGACGAUUCUCGUGGUGUUGGCGAGCCGCUGAACGAGACGGGCCUGCUUGGCACUGGUCUUGUCAUUCGUGGCAUCAUGUACGUCACGCUCGAGACUGCCGCGCUCUCGCCGCGUGCCGUCCACCCCUCUGCCGUCCUCAUCGCCCACCCUGUCGCUAUGGCUCUUGCGCCCCUCUCCACGGAUGUGGCCACCUACGUUGCCAACCACGUCACGUCCUGGACUGCCCUGGACAGCCCCCUGCCCCCGAACAUUCACCUGCUCACCUUCGAAAUCCUCCCGUACGGCCCGUCGCAUCUGGAGGUGUUGCUUCGCCUGGAGCACUUCUACGAAGUGAACGAAGACACCAAGUACUCUGGCCCCGUCACGCUCGACCUGUCGACCUUGUUUGACCCCUCUGUUCUGACUGUCACCAGUGCCGUCGAGUACAACCUGUCUGCCAACCAGCGCUCGUCUCAAGUCUCGCGUCUGCAGUGGAGCCACACUGCUGUCGCUGAGAACAAGGCUCAGGAGGCCUUCUUCAAGUCCAUUGAUGCUGGCAUCUCGGUGACUCUGCAGCCCAUGCAGAUCCGCACUUUCCAGCUCUCCAUCACCCGAGUCUAAGACGACGUGCUUUUUUGUUCUUUUGAACAAUGCUGUGCCCUCCCUUCAUGUCAAGUGUUCUGUUCUGUGGAUGAUUUUUUUUUUAUCGGAAUGAAGGAUGGAAAAAGUCAACAAUUCAACACACACAGUAGGGCUGGGGUUUUUGGUGUUUGUGUUUGUGUAUGUAUGUGUGUUGAAGUAACAACAGAGUGAAAAACGGAGCCUUGGCCAUCCGCCGACUUUAUUGAAACACAAAC